AUGCUCGAGACAAGACGGGGUCCGGUCGGCAUCUUUUCCCGGAUAACGUGGCACCAAAGAAACCAUUUUCAUCGAGGCCGAAAGGGCGAAGGAUAUCAAUCAGCCCCAGUAACACUGUAUGGUAAGGUUGGGUAUCCUUGGUGGUGCGGCAGUCUUGCUGUAAGGACAAUAACCAAGAUUCCCGUCGCGAUAAAGGUGAGGAAGGACUGCGGAACAGCAGCGGUAACGUUUUGAUGGGAUUUGUAUUUCAAGGACGUGCCAGCUCGAAAAUGUAGCUACCCAC